AAGUUGGUAUCAAAAUGAUUGUAAUUUUUUUUAUUAUGGUUUCAGUAUGCAGUAUUUCUUGCAUUGCUACUAUUAGCAGAGAUGACCACUGGCAUACUUUUCUUUAUAUUUAAAGAUUGGAUAAAACAACAAGCAACCAGUGGCUUUCAAACCUUCAUCACACAUUAUCGAGAGGACCCUGACCAACAAAAUUUGAUUGAUUGGAUUCAAGAAGAUUGGUUGCAAUGCUGCGGUGUGGAAGGACCCCGCGAUUGGGACCGUAACGCUUACUUCAACUGUUCGAGCGGCGCAGUAGGGUCUAGGGAAGCAUGUGGGGUGCCUUUUAGCUGUUGUCGGAGCAAACCUCAAGACAUAAUAAGGAACAAGCAAUGCGGAUACGACGUUAGGAAGCCGACAUACAAAAUUGUAGCCGCUGCUGCAGCUAUCUUUGCGGCAGCCGUUCGGCUUCUCGCGCAGGCGGUGGUCUGCUCUCGGCUUCCAACGGGUCCAAAUGGCUCCGUUCGGAUACUGCGUCCUGGUAGUAUAGCACUAGUAGUCGCUUCAUGA